CAUUGUUAAUCGCCGGAUGCAGUAGGAACUCGCAACACGGAAGUGAAGUUUAUGUUUUUAUUAUUUUAUACGUUCUCUUUCUCCCAAUCUUCAUCAUGUCGAACCAGAAUCGCGGUAAAACCAACGAGAGAUCACAGUUGAUAUCUGACCAAGAAAAUGAUGGGAUUUUCAACAGUCUUGGUCGAGGAUGUUUGUCACUGUCAACAGCAGUAGUUCAGUUAUACCUGGCAGAAGCUUCUAACAGACAGAGAUGGAACAAACGAUGUUGUGGUGUCGUCUGCUUUGUCAAGGACAAUCCACAAAGGUCUUACUUCAUAAGAUUGUAUGAUCCCAAGAGUAAGCAGAUAUUAUGGGAACAAGAGAUUUACACCCAGUUCAAGUACAAGACACCAAGAGAGUAUUUCCAUACAUUUGAAGCACAUGAUUGUCAAGCUGGAUUGAACUUUGCUAGUGAAGAUGAGGCUGCUAAGUUUAAGAAAGUUGUGGAGGGAAAGUUGAUGGAGAGGCACAAGAAACGACUUGAGAAGAAGAAGCAGCAAGGUGGAGGUUCAAACACUACAUCUCCUCCGGUACCAGCUCACGCCGGCUCUGGCACCAUGAUAGUCGGUUCCGGACCGCCCCCGUCCAGUGGUAACGUCACUCUGAACAAGCCUCCCGUGAACACGGUGAAGGCAGCACCAAAGAAGAAAGAUAAAGGAAAGGACAAGGGAAAGAAGAAGCUGACCAAGGAAGAUAUUAGUACACCUACUGACUUCAGACAUGUCAGCCAUGUUGGCUGGGAUCCUGACUCUGGUUUAGAUAUGAAGAAGUUAGACCCGGAAAUGAAGGCAUUGUUUGAGCAGAUCGGUAUAGAUGAUCAGUCACAGAUGGAUGAAGAGACUAUGGACUUUAUCUAUGACUUUGUUGACAAACAUGGUGGUUUAAAUGCUGUUAGAGAAGAUCUAGCCAGGCGUAAGCCGCCUGCAGCCCCCACCCAUCAAGCAGGGCCACCACCCCCUCCUGGGCCAAGAGCUCAUCCCCCUCCUGGGCCAAGAGCUCCACCUCCCCCAGCAAGAAAUGCUGCACCACCGCCUCCACCAUCACAUCGUGGGGCAGCACCACCCCCACCUCCAGGACGUCAUGGAAUGGCGGCUCCACCCCCUCCUCCUCCAGGAAGGCCAGGAAUGGCAGCCCCGCCUCCACCUCCUGGGAGGCAACCAGCUGCUGCUCCUCCUCCACCUCCAGGUAGAGGCGGUCCACCCCCUCCACCACCAGGAAAUAUUCCUGCCCCACCUCCACCACCUCCUGCAGCCCCUGCAUGCCCCUGCACCACCCCCUCCUCCCCCUGCAAUGCCAUCUGGUGGUGGGGCACCUCCCAUGCCCCAUCCAACUCUGGUAGAACUGGGCUACUUGAUGCAAUACACAAAGGAACUACUCUAAAACAUGUUGAACCGGGUCAAGGUAUAGGUGCAAGUGAUGCUAGAGGAGGACUUUUAGAUCAGAUUAGAGGAGGGACUACACUGAAAGCAGUGGAUCAUUCUAGCAAGCCGGCUGCAAGUGCUGAUUCUGGCGGUGGUAUUGUUGGAGCGCUGGCUGCUGCCCUGGCACAGAGGAAGAAUGUCAUUCAAGGCUCUGAUGAUGAAGAUGAUAGUAGUGAUGAUAUAGAUGAUGAUGACGAUGAUGAAUGGGAUGACUAAAAAUGUUUCUUCAUCUCAUCAUGCAUUCCUUCCAGCUUUUAGAAAUGAUGGACAUUUUGUACUACAAGAUUAUUUUUAAAUGUUGUGUUAAAAUCAUGAACUGAUCUAUAAUGUGUAAUAUUUUAUGUGCUUUUCAAACUUUCAAUACUAACUUAAAUAUACUUUGUAAGGGUCAUUUAAUUCAGGAAUGUUUCAUUUAUAGUGAAGAUCACAGUUACAAAUGAUUAAUGUGAAAAAUUUACUUUUGAUCAACUUGUACAUGAAAUCAGAAACAUUCAUUAGGUCUGUUACAACAUGACCUACAAUUUAAGCAAUGUUCUGGAUUUUCUAUUUAAAAAUUUUUACUUAAAGCAAAUUUCUGGAUUGUCUAUUUAAAAAUACUUACUUAAAGCAAAUUUCUGGAUUGCCUAUUAAAAAUUCUUACUUAAAGCAAAUUUCUGCAAUUUCCAGCUAAAAAUUUUACUUGAUGCAGAUUUUUGUGGGUCUUUAGGCUCCAUCUUCAACCAUUACCAUAUUCAUAAACAUCGUGAUUGAAAAAUAGUUAAAAGCUACUGCUUAACUAAAAUCAUAUCUUUAAAGCGGCACGCCUUCAGAUUCAUGCUAAUUUUCAUGAAAAUUUUGAAAAUAUGUUUCGAAGUUUUAUUCAGUGAAAUAACCAAAAGGAAGCAAUUUACACAAUAUCUAUGGCACUUACAACCUACGUAAAUUACUAAAAAGAGGACAAAAUAUGCAAAAAUAGCCCUUACUGCGUUAGUAACACAGUAGAAAUAUAGUUAUAAAUACUUAAAAAUUGGUCAUUAAUCGCACAUAACAUGUAAAUUAUUACUAGAACUUUGAAUAUUUACACUUUUCCUAAAAUCUUAGUACAUUUUUCUCAGGUUUGGUUUUAUUGAAAUAUUUUCGCUCAUCUGGAGGCGUGCAGCUUUAAACAACAGCAGAGACAUUCUAUGUUACAACUCUUUGUAACAAUUGACUGUAAGAUUAUGGAAGCAACAUGAUUUGCCAUGUUUUGGUUUUUAUCACCGUAAUAUAGAUAUAAAGUUAUUGGCAAUUUCUGAGAAAUAGACAGUCAGAAAUUUUCAAAUUUAAGGAUUCUCAUAGGAAGAUAAAGUAUGGUGAAGACUUGUCAUUAUUUGAUUGAUACAAAUUAUGAUACAAAUAAGCAACACAAUUUUCCAUGUAAAUUUUUAUUUCAUGAUUGACAAGAACAGUGUAAAUAUUUCAGAAAAUUUCUACUGUGAUAUGUUAAAAGUGAUAUAAUUGACAGAAAUAAAACCUGUAUACAUCAGAAA